CCAUACAAUACAAUAAUUAUAAAGAAGCGGAAGUGAUGUCAGGCAAAAGGUACGGUCUUUAUGUAGGCUAGUAGUCUGACGUCUUUCAGUUCCACGUCGCUGUACAGCCCCCUCCCCUUAUCCCGGUGUGGGACUGAAGAUGGCCGAGCUGGCACGUUCAGCUUUGCGGGAAGAGACUCGUAUAGUCUUGCUUUGUUUGUUGUGGUACGCUGUUAGCUCAGGGGGCAAUGUUAUUAAUAAAAUCAUUCUGAAUGGUUUCCCCUAUCCAGUCACCGUCUCUCUGUUCCAUAUCUUGUCCAUCUGCUGUUUUGUACCGCCUUUGCUGCGGGCUUGGAGCAUUCCAAAGACGGAACUUACCGGUAGGCAUUAUCGUUGGUAUAUCAUACCUCUAGCGUUUGGGAAAUACUUCGCCUCAGUAUCAGCUCACUUCAGCAUAUGGAAGGUGCCAGUGUCCUACGCACAUACAGUAAAGGCUACCGUGCCUAUAUGGGUGGUACUGCUGUCAAGAAUUAUAAUGAAGGAAAAGCAGACAACAAAGGUGUAUUUAUCCCUAAUCCCCAUUAUCUCCGGAGUGCUGCUAGCGACAGUAACGGAGUUGUCGUUCGACCUGUCGGGGCUCAUUAGUGCCCUUGCUGCCACACUCUGCUUUUCCCUGCAGAAUAUUUUCUCCAAAAAGAUGUCGGAAAAAGUGAAAAGUGAAUAA